CAACUUGGUCAAAAAGUCACCACCUUUUAUAUUAACCCAAACUCUCCUCACAUAUUGCGUCCUUCUUCUCUUUCUCUCCAUACACACACACACACAUACCAUCUUCUUCACCAUGGGAAGGUCUCCUUGUUGCGAGAAAGCCCACACAAACAAAGGAGCUUGGACCAAAGAAGAAGACCAACGUCUCGUCGAUUACAUCCGUAACCACGGCGAAGGUUGCUGGCGUUCUCUUCCCAAAUCAGCAGGAUUGUUGCGAUGUGGUAAAAGUUGUAGACUGAGAUGGAUUAAUUACCUUCGUCCUGAUCUCAAACGUGGAAACUUCUCUGAUGAAGAAGACCAAGUCAUCAUCAAACUCCAUAGCUUGCUCGGCAACAAAUGGUCAUUGAUCGCUGGAAGAUUACCAGGAAGAACAGAUAAUGAAAUCAAAAACUAUUGGAACACUCAUAUUAAAAGAAAGCUUCUUAGCCAUGGAAUCGAUCCACAAACUCAUCGUCCGGUUAAAGAUUCCGUCGCCGUUACUGAUUCCAAAACGGUUCCGUCUCCGUUAACACACGCUCACCAAAACGGCGCCGUUGAAUACUCUUUCUCCGUUAGACCUAAGAAGGAAAUUUCCUCCGAUAACGGCGCUUCCACAAGCGGCACGACGACCGAUGAGGAUCUCCAGCAGAACGGCGAUUGUUACUACAGUGAUGAUUCACGAGACACAGAGCUGAAUCUGGAGUUAACUCUCGGGUCCGGGUCAACUUCGUGGGUUGGGUCGGAUCGGGUAGUGAGAGCUGGGUUAUCGGCAGAUUCGAAGCCGUGGCGGGAUCCGGUGACCGCGGUGGUGGCGGCGCGUUUGUCGUUGUUGUAAGAAUUGCUAAACGGCAAAAAUCCCCUUUAACAAAAUAUCAAAAUACGAUGAUCUAGUUCUUCUUUUUUUUUUUGUCUGUUUACGAUAAGAGAUUUACCGCUGAAUCAAAAAUAU